UAUACAAAAGAGCGGUUGCCCUUCGCUCCCCACUCCCGAAUCGGGAAACUCUCGUCAGUGCCCUGCUCCGCCGAUCAUAUUCCAAGUAAAUAUGGUUUAAAAAUCUUUUCUUUCUUUAUUUUAUAUUCCCAUUUGAUGUCCCUCACUCGUCCCGAUACUCUCCCUCUCUGUAUCUCGCUUUGCGUGCGAACUACCGAAGAAGUCUCCCUUCUUUGCUCCUCGUCAAUUCUCUGUGGGAGACAGAAAAAUGCAGAUCUUCGUGAAAACCCUCACCGGCAAGACCAUCACUCUCGAAGUCGAGUCCAGCGACACCAUCGACAAUGUUAAGGCCAAGAUUCAGGACAAAGAAGGUAUCCCACCUGAUCAGCAGAGAUUGAUUUUUGCUGGCAAACAGCUGGAAGAUGGUCGCACUCUUGCAGAUUACAAUAUCCAGAAAGAGUCAACACUUCAUCUGGUCUUAAGGCUCAGAGGAGGAACUAUGAUCAAGGUGAAGACUCUUACUGGAAAAGAAAUUGAAAUUGAUAUUGAACCAACUGAUACCAUUGACAGGAUCAAGGAAAGGGUUGAAGAGAAGGAAGGAAUUCCUCCAGUACAACAAAGGCUCAUUUAUGCUGGAAAGCAGCUUGCAGAUGACAAAACAGCCAAAGAUUACAAUAUUGAGGGUGGCUCAGUGCUUCAUCUUGUGCUUGCUCUGAGGGGUGGCAGUCUUUAAACAAAUCCUUCUAAUGUUGGAGAAAAAGAAAUUAUGGGGGUUUUAUUACGUACGCAUGAAAUUAUGGGGGUUUUAUUGCAUACGCUUUUGUGCUGAUUUUCUUGUACUCAGUGGGAAAACAGAAAACUUGUGGAAAACAUAUUCUAAACAGUUUCCCUGGACAUGAUAGUGCAAUCCAUUUACUUCGUUCUGCUCUUUUA